AUGUGGUCAUUCAUGUUUAGUUUGCUAGUGCAGAAUAAAGAAGAAGCUGAAAGGUUCAGUCUUAAAUUUCAAGAAUUCAUUGAAAAAGAAGGGUAUUGUCCACAACAAAUAUUUAAUUGUGAUGAAACUGGUUUGUUUUGGAAAUGCAUGCCGAACCUUACCUACAUCACGAAAGAUGAGAAAAGUGUUCCUGGGCAUAAACCCAUGAAAGACCGAUUGACGUUAUUUUUGGGAGCUAAUGCUAGUGGUGAUAUGAAGCUUAAACCACUUCUCGUUUAUCCCUCUGAGAAUCCUAGAGCAUUCAAAAAAAAUUCCAUAAUUAAGAGAAAACUGCCAGUGAUGUGGAGAUCGAAUCAGAGGGCAUGGGUCACGCAGGUUCUUUUCAAAGAGUGGCUAUUUGAAGUUUGUGCCCCGAAUAUCAAGGACUACCUUGAUACCAAUAACUUGCCAUUGAAAGCAUUGCUGCUAUUGGACAACGCACCAGGGCACCUUGAAGAUAAUUUGCUGAUAGACUUUCCCUGGCUGACAGUGCAGUUUUUACCUCCAAAUACGACUUCACUGAUUCAGCCAAUGGAUCAAGAGGUUAUUGCAGGUUUCAAGAAAUUGUACACUCGUGCGCUGUUUCGGCGAUAUUUUGAAGUAUGCCAAUUCUCCUCAAAAAUAACUUUAAAAAGUUUUGGAUAG